CUUUGUAGAUGGCUCACACAACAACAAAGUCCUUUAGUCAACAGAAUCGGAACUUCGUUUAAAUGAUAGUCGUGUUUGGAUCUAUGUGCUACAUAUAUGGGGUAAAAAAAUAAAAGCUUAAAUAAUGAAGAGGAGAAAUGUUGACUGCUCCAAGCUUCGUAGACCGAUAAAACGGACCAAAAUUGGUGAAGGAUUGUACGGAAGCACCUUUGUGUACAUCAAGUUUCUCCUGGUAUGGCUGCUUGUGUUGGCGGCAGAUUUCCUGCUGGAGUUCCGCUUUGAGUACCUGUGGCCUUUCUGGCUGCUUUUGCGCAGUGUCUACGACUCUUUUCGCUAUCAGGGUCUCGCAUUCUCUGUGCUGUUUGUGUGCAUGGCACUAACAUCGGACAUGAUCUGCCUUCUCUUCAUACCGGUGAAUUGGCUCUUCUUUGCUGCAUCCACAUAUGUUUGGGUCCAGUAUGUGUGGCACACAGAACGUGGAGUGUGCAUGCCCACAGUUAUUUUGUGGGCCCUCUUCAUUUAUAUAGAGGCAUUGGUACGCCUCAAAGAUAUAAAAAAUGUCCCCUUCCAUUUAGAUCUGUGCAGACCCUUUGCUGCACAUUGUAUAGGGUACCCUGUAGUAACUUUAGGGUUUGGCUUGAAAAGUUACGUUGGGUACAGAUUGAGACAGAGAAAGCAGCGUGAAGUUGCAAAAGAAAAUGAAUUUUAUUUGCAACUACUCCAAGAGGCAUUGCCCCCAGAGUUGCAAGUCACAUCUAGUCCUGAUAAGUGUUUCAAGGAGAAGAGUGAAGAUCUCAUAAUUAAUGGUGAGGUGGAAGUUGCUGCUGCCACAAUCAACCAUACAGGAGGGAACUGCAACCUCAGUAGUAGCUGCAGUAGUAGCAGCAGUAGCAGUAGCAGCAGUAGCAGUAGUAGCAGUAGUAACAGCAGCAACAGCAGUAGCAGCAGUAGCAGCGGAGGGGGAAAUAGCAUUGGAAGUGGGAGAGGGAGCAGAGGGUCCCGGGCAGAUUCUAAGUUGCCCGAACAGUACCCACCAGAAGAGAAUACACCGCCACUCCCCAUGCACCGAACUGAAAAGCACCGCCUACCAAAUGGCACCAUCCACGCGGAGCUGGAAUACAUGCAAAAGAAAGGGUGGCCAAAUUCAAAGUCAGUUAAUGACUACGUUGAAAUUGAGGCGGAGCGGGACAAGAGUGCAAAAACCAGCUCUGGAGGCAGCACACCCUCAGGGGGAUCUUCAAUUUCUCAGACUUCUGGGAUCAACACCAUCAUAGAGACUGAGAAGAAGCGUGUUAAUGCCUCAGUUCAGAGUAAUGGUUCAGCAAAAAUUCCUGGAUCACAUACAAAUAACUUACGAGAUUCAAGUUCGGGAGGUGGCGGGUCUGCAUCCCGAGACAAGAAAAAUAAAAACAAAGAAAGCAACAAAGACAGUUCUCAUGGUUCCAAAGAUGAGACUGUCACGCUAAUUCGGCUUGAAGCAGAUAUAAAGAGAUUGAAAGCAGAUCUACAAGCUUCUCGUCAAACAGAACAAGAACUGCGCAACCAAAUUAAUACACUCAUCUCCAGUGACAAAAUCACCCGACAGGAGAUGAACCAGUUGCAGCAAGAUAAUGAUAACUUGCAAAAUAAACUACACGGGUUGGUAACAGCUCGUCAAAAUGAUAGGUCAACUAUCAGUAGCCUGGAGCGUCGACUGCAGGAAGAAAGGCGUAUCCGCACCAAUGCAGAGAACCAGGUGGCACAGCUCGAACGUCGACAGAAGAAAGUCGAGGAACAAGCACAAGCCAGAGCACAUGCCUUGGCCAAUGCAAAAACUGAGUGCAGUGAGGCUUGCCGCAAUCGCCGAAGUGAGCUUGAGGCAGAGGUGAAGCGUUUGCGCAGGGACCAUCGGCUUUCAGAAGAACGCGUCAGAACCAUGGAACGUGAGAACCUUGCUCUGCUGCAAUACAAAGAUAACCAAAAUGAUACAGAGGUACUUAUGUCUGCUCUCUCUGCCAUGCAAGACAAGAACACACAUCUGGAGACCUCACUUUCUGCUGAGACUCGAGUGAAGCUUGAUCUUUUCUCGGCUUUGGGUGAAGCCAAGCGCCAAUUGGAAAUAUCACAGAGCUUGGUGUCUACCAAGGACAAAGAAAUUGAAGAGCUGAAGGCAAAGAUUACUGAAGUACUGGCAGUGUGUCCUCCAACAAGUUUCACAAAUACAUCUUUGGAUACAACACCCAUUCAUUAUACGUCAAAGCUUCUGCCCCAAGUAACAACCUCGGCCAUCGAUGCCACAGCCUCCCUGGUGAUGGUGGAUGGAUUGAUGGACUCAUCACUGGACUCCCUCUGUGGGCUCGGUUUCUCCCCCAGUAGCCACACCCGUCCCCACACCAUCUCCCCUCCCUCUCCCCUGUCUCCCCCAGCACCCAUAUCCCCCCCGGCUCCCACCAACCCACAACACUCCACACUGGACCCCAAUGCCCGCGUCUACACUCCCAAGGGUACGGUGACAUCUGAGGCUUAAAUUCUGGCCCUGGAAUAGCAAGACUUGAAAAAACAAAAACCAAAAAAAAAAAAGCUUUUGAAGGUUUUUGGCUUUAAUUGUGGUAACUACCAUAUUUGUUUGAAUUUGAUAUUGUGUGCGCUAGAGAUUGAAAAUGGGAAGGAGUCAUUUCGUAGCCAAAUGUGGUGGUCAUUAUCAUUUUAUCCUUAAACUAUUCAUUUUGCUGUGUCUGAAGCCUGUGUGUUGGCUGGUUAGUAAUCAUCUACAACUGCUGGCAUAGAGUUAAAACUAGUUGCAGAAAUAAAGAAUAAAAUCUUUUGAAUAAAAUAAAAGAAAACCAG